CUUUUUUUUUCGCUUUUAGCUAGACCAAAUGCGACGUCUUUUUAGAUUCACUGUCUCAGCCAUGGAUCAUAUAAAAAUAGUAAUACUGGUUGCACAAAUUGCCGUCUUGGCAAGGUCGACGUGAUCUGUAUGGGCUGAGACAGUAAACCCCACACUUGACUCUUUUUCCCUUUCGGCUGUCCCAUCACCGGAAAUGAAUUUCAAGGAUCUGCAGUAUUCGUUGGGCAAACUCACCACGGAUGUUCGCUCACAAAUAGCGCGUAAUAACCCUCUACAAAAGCAAGACACCAAGACACUAUCGUUAUGGAUCUUUGGCGAACGCAAUGACCUUGCUACUAUGCGCACGUCGGCCUAUCAGCGGUCUGAAACGAAUAAAGUGUUCAAGCAAUGGACCAAAGAAGAAUGCCAGAAUGAAAAAGGAAACAAUGGUCAAGAUUUAGAGGACAUUGGUGAUAAGCUUGUCAAGUUAUUGGACAAGCAGGUGGAAAUCGAGCAGAAUUUCGCAGGCAAAUAUCAGCGGUAUCGACACGCCAUCAAGUCCAUUCGGGAGCGAGAAGAUAAAUUGUCGGACAUUCGAGAGAAAAAGCGAUCGUUGCAAGCCCGCAUUGCCAACCUGAGCAAAUCCAAUGCGCGUUCACCUAAACAACGGGAAUUCGAAAAAGAGUUGCAGUCGUUGGAACGCGAUACUCAUGAUAUCGAAUUGGAAAUGGGCGAUUUUAAACGAUUUGCACUCAAGGAAGCGUUUUAUUUGCGGUUCAAUGCUUUGAAUGAGUACGCCGAGAAGCUGCGCAUCAUUGCGGGUUUUGGUAAAUACAUUGUGGAUCUCUUGGAUAUCGAACCCACGCCUCCAGGACAGCAACGACGACCCUAUGAAAAGGGACCGGAGGCCGCCAUGAUUUUGGCCGACGCGCUUCUCGCGGUGGAUCAGUGGCAACCGGACGGAGGCGAUGAACGUCCCACUUUAGCUGUGGGCGGUCUUGAAAGCACUCUCAGCUUUGCAGACGAUGCCAGUGAACUCGGCGAUGAAAAAAUUCAAUCCAAAGGAAAAGGACGAGCCGACAGCGUUGUGGCAGGCGGUUUGGUGGGUGCCUCAGCUUCCGAAAACGUUGUCGAGACACAACCUUCGCCACUCAUGACCACGCCUCCGCCUCCUCCUCCGAGACCUUCCAUUGGCGAUGUCAAGUCGGCGGAAGAGACGGAAAUCGACCUGGAAAAACUCGAUCUCUAUGACGUGCCACCACCGGCUUACUCACCCAACAAUGAUAACGCGGCCAAUGCGGACUUGUCGUCACCAAGAAACUCGGAUGAACCUCCUGUGAUUCGCCAUCAUCCCCCAUACAAUCCUACCAAUGUUUCGGCACCGCCCAACGGUGCAUCGAUGCAUGAAGAGAAACAACAAGUGGAAGAGGAACCGACCACAGGUCAAGGCCCGCCACCGCCACCAUUACCGCAACGACCGUCGCCACCGACACCGACCGGUUCAGGCACGUUUGAGUCACCUUACCAAGCCCAUAUGACGCCACCCGGGGCGCCUCAUUUGUCACCCCAAGUGAUUACGCAGUCGCCUCAGCCUAUGCACAACUAUCAAACCUAUCACCAUUCUUCCAUCGGUCCUGGAUCCAAUGCAGGCCAUCACACCGCGCCAGGAUCGCAAGGAUCCUUGCUCUAUACCCCCACGACCCCCGGUGGCCCUCAAUACCAUCAGGCCAACUAUUACCAGCUUUACCGUCAAGUCUCGCACCGUCAGAAACAUGCUCCUCCCCAGCGUCCGUAUGCUGAAUUCCAGCAACAGUUCAACUACCAUUCGGAUGGUGGUUAUUACCGUCAACGUACCGAUGCGGGUGGAUUCCGUAUCCCUGACCGAAGCUCGACCCAUGAAACUGCAGAGGAAGAAAAGAGACGGUUGGGUGAACAAUAUGCCGAGCAGGAUCGACGCGCAUUUACCGCUUCGCGACCGUCUGUCCAUACCGAUGCAGGCGGGUUCCGUAUUCCUCCGUCCAGCACCGGCAAUACCGCUGAAGAGGAAAAGCGACGUCUAGAAGAACACUACGCUGCCCAAGAGCGCCGUUUCACCUCCGAUGAACCACGCCAUAGUCCAAUCGAAUCUCAUCAACAAGGAGCGCAAGGACCUCCCGCUUAUGAUGGUCCCGCUGAAGGUUACCCAUCGGAUAAGAAAUAAUGUUCAGAGAUAUUCCGGCCAUAUACCGACGCAACACAUCAUUCCACUAAGGAUAAACUUUCUUUUUUUUUUCUCUCUCUCUUUCUGCUUUUUAGCACAUGUUAUAUUGAAACAUAAAAGAAUAAGUUUGCAAAAAUACAGAUAAUAAAAAAGACAAACAAAAAACA